AUGGCCUCUCCUUCCCAGCUACAGACCUUCCAAUCCAAGCCGCGGGUGUUCAUCCUGAGCGACAUCUCUAAUGAGCCCGAUGAUGCGGAGUCGUUGGUGCGCUACCUCUUGUACGCGAAUCAGUUCCGGACAGAGGGUCUGGUCGCGUGUACUUCGACAUGGAUGAAGAACAAGGUUUGUCCACAGGACAUGCACAAAAUUAUUGAUGGCUAUGAGAAGGUCGUCGAUAACCUCAAUGCUCACGCCCACCCGAACGAUCCUUACCCGACAGCAGAGUACUUGAGAUCAUUGAUCAAGAAGGGUGCAGAGAGCUAUGGCAUGUCGGCAGUCGGCCCCAAGGUCCCCCUCAGCGAGGGCGGCGAACUCCUUCUCGAGCGCAUCAAGGCACCCACAGACGACCCUCUCUGGAUCCUCUGCUGGGGAGGAACCAACGUUCUUGCCUCUGUCCUUCUCAAGAUCCAUUUAACCCACUCCCUCGAGGACGCCGCCAAGCUGCGCUCUAAGUUGCGCGUGUACACCAUCUCCGACCAGGACGAUACUGGUGCUUGGAUCCGUCACCAUUGCCCCGACAUCUUCUACAUCUGCUCCGUCCACGGCUGGAACCAGUACGGCAUGGCUGCAUGGACUGGUAUCUCCGGUGACGGAUGGUACGGUUUCGACAAGGGCGGUCCCGACGGAACUAAGAUUAGCAAGGAGUGGAUUAAAGAGCACAUUCAGAUCGGUGAUCUUGGCUCAACAUAUCCCGAUUUCAUGUUUAUCCCCGAGGGCGAUACCCCGACUUUCCUCUACCUUAUUCAGAACGGUCUCGGCGUUCCCGAGCGGCCCGAGUUCGGAUCCUGGGGUGGUCGCUACAUUCCGACAAAUAUCAGUGACAAGGCUGGGCCUAAUGGGCACUUUAGCGAUACCGUGGAUGAAGUGAUUGGCAAGGAUGGCAAACAGUACAAGUCGAACCAGGCGACUAUCUGGCGCUGGCGCGAUGCGUUCCAGAACGAUUUUGCGGCUCGCAUACAGUGGUCUCUGUUUUCGGAACUCGACAAGGCGAACCAUCACCCCGUGGUUGAUAUCAAUGGCAACACUGGUCUGGAACCGUUGCACUUUGAGCUCGAGGCGGGCGCGACAUUCAAGCUUGACGCCUCUGCUUCGUAUGAUCCCGACCCGAACGACUCUCUUACUUUCAAGUGGUACCAGUACAGCGACCCGAGUGCUAUUCAGUGGUCUGUUCAACACGAGGUUGGUCAGUUGGAUAUCAAGCCGCUGAAUGAGGCCGGCAGUAUUGUGGAGGUUACCCUCCCUCCGCAUGAGAAGUGCUGCGUCGAGCUUAUCAGUCGGGCGGCUGUGGCAAAGGGUCAGCUUUUGCAUCUGGUGCUGGAGGUCAAGGAUAAUGGAUCGCCUGCGCUGAUCAGCUACCGCCGGGUUAUCAUUCAGGCCACGAAUGAGAAGCUGCUGGGCGGCGGUGGUGGUGCUGAUUCCAUUGGUGAUACCAUGCGGGACAUGGUCAUCUAA